AACUCCAUCUCCAGCAUCAGCUUAUUCUUACAGGGUCCUGCUGUACAGUGCACUCCUGCAGCCUACCAAGGAAACACUGGUACACUUCUGUCAAGAAAACAAGAAAACAAGAAACAAGCUUUUCACUAGGUUGUAAAAAAUUGCAGCCAUGGUGUCCUACACAGUGACGGCCUACACAGGAUUGAUUGCUCUCGCCGGCACCAAGAACCAGAUCUCUGUGCAGCUGCAUGGCUCCCAGGCCGACAGUGAGGAGUACAAGCUCAAUUGGCUGCGAGGAAUUUCCGCAGGAUCGGAACGCAGUGUUACGAUCGACUGUGACGAAUCGCUGGGAGAACUCCUCAGCUUGAAGGUGGUCUCCACAUGCUUUCUGGUGGACAACCAGUGGUUCUGUGAUAAAUUCACUGUCAAGAUACCUGAGGGCGACGACAUGUUGUUCCCUUGCUACCGCUGGAUUGGCUGUGAAAAAGACCUCGUCUUGAGGCCUGCCAAAGCCACACUGGGAUUCCAGGACACUCACCCCAAACUCCAGAGUCACAGGGCCAACCAACUGAGGGAGCUGAGGGAACUCUACAGAUGGCGUGUAUACGAGGAGGGAACGCCAGAAGUGGUCCACUACGAAAGUGCCCAGGAGCUACCAGCGGAACUACGCUUCUCCUUCACCAAGGAGACAGAAUUCUUCUACACCGCAGGGACACAGUUGGGCGUUCUGGGCUUAUCAGGGCUAUCGUUCAGCCCAUUUUCGUGGACCUGCCUUGAUGACCUGCUGAAAGUUAUAGUCAUUAAAAACGAUACUAUUGACUAUAUAAGGGACAACUGGGACAAGGAUGAGUUCUUUGGCUCCCAGUACCUGAACAGUAUCAACCCCAUGCUGAUCCAGCGCUGUUCCAAGCUGCCAGAGAACUUCCCUGUUACCGAGGAGAUGGUCAAAGAUUCCAUGGGGGCAUGCACCUUGGAGCAGGAGAUGAAGAGUGGCAACAUCUUCCUGGCUGACUACAAGAUGUUGCACGGACUUGUGGGAAAUGUAGUCCACAACAGGCAGCAGUAUCUAACAGCUCCUCUGGUACUGCUGUACUCCAACCCGAAUGGUAAACUGCUUCCCAUCGCUAUUCAGUUGAAUCAGGAGCCUGGGGCGGAAAACCCCAUCUUCCUUCCCUCUGACUCUGAGUGGGACUGGAAACUUGCCAAAAUCUUCGUGCGAAACGCGGAGUUCGGCGUGCAUGAGGUCGACUUUCACCUGUUGAGAACUCACCUGUUGGCAGAGGUGUUCACCGUGGCAACCCUGAGGAACUUGCCUCCCCCGCACCCACUCUACAAGCUCCUGUUUCCUCACAUGCGCUACACACUCCAGAUCAACAGCAUGGCACGCGGUCAGCUGAUAUCUCCUAACGGAUCCAUUACCACGUAUGCCGGAGUGGGUGGUGAGUCCUUGAAAGAAGUGCUGAAGCGUGCCACAGCUGCCCUGACCUACAGCUCCCUCUGCCUGCCUGACAACAUCAAAGAGAGAGGCCUGGAGACGGUGCCCAACUACUACUACAGAGAUGACGGACUCAAACUGUGGAACAUCGUCAACAAGUAUGUCGAGGGGAUUUUGACCCACUACUAUCAGUGUGAUGCACAUGUGCAACAGGACUCAGAGCUAUGCGACUGGAUCAGGGAGAUACACACCCAUGGCUUUCUGGGAAACAAACAUUUAGGAAUCCCGUCAUCCUUCCAAACACUGACAGAGCUUGUCAAGUUUGUCACCAUGGUGAUCUUCACUGCAUCAGGCCAACACGCUGCUGUCAACAAUGGACAGUAUGAGUAUGGCGGAUGGAUGCCAAACUACCCUACUGCCCUCAGGAAACCCCCUCCCACAGUCAAGGGCCAGACCACUGAGUGCAUCAUCUUCGAGACCCUACCUGACAUCGGCACAACAGUCAAUGGUGUCGCUGUCCUGAGGCUGUUAAGCAAGGAAGGAACAGACCGAUACCCUCUGGGACAUUUACCAGAAGAUCUGUUUCAUGAGGACGUCCCACUCCAGGUGAUUGCGGACUUCCAGAACGAUCUGAAGGAGCUAUCCGAACUCAUCGAGAAGAGGAACAAGACACUGGUGCUCCCCUACACCUUUCUUGACCCCAAGAACGUGGACAACAGUGUGGCCAUCUGAAGCUUGCAUUGCAUUACAUUUUUUUUAAAUUAUUUUUGUGGAACUUCCUUUUAUAUUGCUCGCCAUAUGCUGUCAUACCGCUUAAGCAAAUCAAGUAAAUCAAGUAUAUCCACAGGUAUAUUAUCAUUGCUACUACACUAGUCAUAAAGUGUGACAUCUAAUGGCAUUUUUGAGACAAUGUCGGCAAUAGAGCUCGAAAGUGACGUCACUUCCCCCGAUUUCAUGGGACCUCAACGGCGUUUUUAGCCGAAAAUCGUAGCAUGUAAUCCAAUGGCGGUAUUAAAAUGAUAUUUCGUUCCCCUUCGAGUUGUGCCACGAGCUCCACACAUGUUGUUUCUGAUAUUUUUGUUUAAUUUUUCGUACGAACCCCCAAACUUUUUAGAAAGCUGUGUUUCUUCACAUUUUUCAUGCAAACGACCUUGGAACAAAACAUUGAUGCUUCUGCAUGAAUAAUCUUUAUCUAGCCUCUUAAACAGCAUAUUUGGAGCCCAGCGCAUAUAAUGACUGUGAUCGGAAGAUAUUUACACGCUACCAUGUUGUUAGAUGUUCAGCUUAGGUCCCGUGAAAUGCAGAACUAAGGGGCGGGACUUUCGAGCUCUAUGGGUGUAUGGGUGUGCUGAAUUCAAAUCUGCAGUAUGCCGGGCUUUAUUUGAACUCUGUUGACCUCUACCUAGAUGUCAAUGAACUGUGGGCCUGUAAGUGUCCCAGUGGAACCUUGGUUCUCAGCUCCAGAAGCAAUUAAGUAUGCUAAAAUGAUGAAUUAUACAGACUAAUGCUAUUAUGCAACCAUGUUUUUUGGACAUACCUGGGACAAUAUUGGUGCUGUUGCUUUCUUCUUUUUAUGGUGAAAUCCAAGCAUGAGCUACUUAUCUUUAAGAGCUAUGAUUAAUAUUACUCAUUCUAAGUGAAAAAAUGUAAAAGAGACUAGCAAACAGCGGGUGAAACUGAAUUAAGCAAAUCAUGUGUAAGUUUUAGAGGCUGAUUUCAGGUCAGUACAGUGCUCCAUUAAAUUAUCCAAUUGAUUAAUUAUCAAGGUAACAGUGACACCUUGCGGCCAACUGUAGGGACUGCAUAAUUUGUGAAGAUUCCUACACUGGCAACGUGAAUCCAAUGAGAAACUUACUGUGAAAUGUUUGACACAUGAUAAUGCCAUAUAAAUGAAUAAAUUACCAAAUAAAUGAAUAUGUGGUGUGUGCAUGUGCAUGAUGUAUGCAUAUGGCAGGUGUGAUGGGACAGCUGUAUAAUAGAAUAAACUUAUAUUUCCUAAUAUGACCAAAGUUCAGUAAGUUUUGCAGCUAAAAAUGUCUAUUUCUGGAAAUGUCAUGGAGAAGAUCCCCUUUUCAUGUAGACUAUGAAAAAUGCAAUUUCCCCAGUCAUAUUAAAUACUUAGAAUUUGAUGGUGGUAAGUAUUUGUUAGGAAGUAGUAGUUCAGAUACACCCCGCUCUUCCGCGUGGUGCGUCUCUAGUUGAAUAAGUUGGAAAGUGAAAAAGUGGAUCACACUCGGGUUCUUCUUUUCUUCUUUUUUAUUUUUUAUU